CAGCCUUGACAAAUACAUGAUGGCCGUUGCCACCGAAUAGUGUAACGCGUACUUGGAUCUGUCUUGUGCCAGAAAAGUUUAUUGUUUUCGCGAUAAUAUUUCGUCGCGUGCUCAAAGCCUGUGUCUUUUUCCAUAGUAAAAGUGUGAUAGAGCGUGUUAAGAACACAUAUCACGCUGAAAGAGAUACGAAAAAACGGAAAAGCUUAAGAAGAAAACACGGGUGGCAAAACCGCGUUCGCGGAGGGUAGAAGAGACGAGCAAACUUAAGAUGAAUACAAGUGCAAUUUGAUUUAACCUCAGCUACUAUAAAACUAAGAGAAAAGCUUGUUCGAAUCUUUCAUUUUCUCUUCCUCUUCUUAUCUUUUUCUAAUAUUUUCUCUUUUUUAUUCCUAAAGAUAAACAAUGAAUUUAACUUAAUUAUAAAAGAAGUUAAAUAAUGUCAUCUAGUUAUUUUUUGGAUUUGGGAUAGUGUCAAUUUUGUAUAUUUAAUUAUUUAUUAUAAAAUUCAUAUCAUUUCAAAAAAUAAAUGUAUACACAAUGCUGAGGAAGAAUAUAAUUAUAUCAUACUCAUAAAUGGAUGAAAACCUGCAACAAAUGUACUUUAAAAAUAUAUUAAAAUUUAUACAAAAUGCAAAUGAGCAUUUAUUCUUUAAUGGAUAAUGUAGUUCAGAGAAGGACUACCUGCAAUAUACAAAAAAUUGAAAAUGCUAAUAUCCUAAUGUGGUCAAUGAAAGAAUACAACUGUAAAGCAAGCUCUUUCCAACUUGUUUGAAUAUAAGUAUUAGAGAAGUCUGAAAAUAUUGCAUAAGUAACAGAAGAUAUACGAAACUAUAUGCAUGACAGGAACAGGAGACAUAGGUCGAAGACGCGUUGAGUGGCGCAGGAGCGCAAAUCUGACAAAUGUGUUUCUUUAAAUAGAAAAUAUAAAAGAUAAAAUAUUAUAGAGAAGAAAACAAUCUAAGAAGGUGGCUACAAGCUGCCCAAUGUAAAGUGGGGCUGCGUGGGCAUGCAGCAGCCUCAGUCACGCCCUCUUCUUGGGGACUCAGUAUCCUCUACAACUUCCCCGACUACACGUCGAAAUAAUCAAGUUGCUGUCUUAACGCAACAACAGUUACAACAGUUGCAACUGCAAACUCAAAAUACACGAGGUCAAUCACUAACUUUUGCUGUACAGCAACCAUCGAAUACUUCACAAGAUCAAGGAAAUGGAUCUACAACUGGAAAUCACAUAGUCUAUGUGAACCAACUAAACCAAUUAAAUCAGGGUACCAUAAAUCCCUCAGGGACUGGUAUGGGCCUACCCCCGGCCACCCCCACUUUUGGGGUGGGCCUUAAUAUGGGAUUGCCACUAUCACUUUUAAAUACCAGUCUUACAUCACUCACGUCUAAUGUAAUUACUACAUCUAAUCCUUUACUUAAUUUGGGCCUACCAAGCAUCAACACUGGACUAACGCCGAUAAAUCCUAACUUAAAUCAGUUAAAUGCUAUAAAUUCAAAUCUAAACACCAAUAUUGGCUCAAACAGUAUUAAUAGUGGUUUGCCUGGUAUAGGACAAGAUAUAAAUAAUAUAAAUACUGGGCUAAAUCGAAUAAGUACAUUAAAUACUACAAGUAUCAAUUCUGCACUGACUAGUGUAAAUACAGGAUUAACCAAUGUAAAUCCGAAUUUAACGAGCUUGAAUUCAAAUAUCAAUCAAAAUCUGACGCCGUUAAAUUCGAACUUUAAUGCUACAAGUUCUGGAGUAUCUAGUUUAAGUACAAUUAAUCAGAACGUGAACACAAACCUGGCAACUACUAGUAUAAGUUCUAAUAUAAAUCAAGGACUUAAUCGACCAAUAAAUGCUUUGGCAUCUGGUUUGACAUCAACUAGUCUAAAUACUAGCAGUGCACAAUUUCCAUUCCAAACUAUACAGAGUAUUCAGACUAUUGCUCCACAUAUUGUUGGAUCAAAUAUAGCACACGUACCAAGUUCUACUAUAUCACAACACUCCAAUAACGUAUCGAUUUCACAAAUUUCUAAUACUGGAACAUUGUCAAGUUCUACUAUAUUUACAAGUACUCCAAGUGAAUCAAUUCGUUCGACUGCAGCGAAUGUUAAUCAUGUGUCGAACGUAAAUCUUACGACAAACGUUGCACAUCUUGGUACCAUGCACUCUAAUUUGUCAAAUAUAUCAUCCAACAUACAACACAUAUCUACUUCCAAUGAUUCAAACAUGUCAUUGAGUCAUGUUUCACCUUUAAAUUCCUCACAAUCAACUGGAUUUCAAUCGCAACGGCAGUAUUCUCAAGGAAUAAAUCCUGGUUUAAAUUCGUCUGUCACCUUGACAGGCACAACACAAUCAACAAAUAUUGUCAGUACAAUGAAUACUGUGAAAUCAAUGCAAAAUAUUCAGAAUCAAAAUAUUAAUUCUCCAGGCAGUCCAUUUUCAAUGCCAUUAAAAAGUCCUGCAUCUAAUAUUGCACCACCAACACCAAGCCCUAGUCCAAAUAGGCUGUUACUUAGGAGUCCAGCAUCAAAUUCUAUACAGUCAAAUAGAAACAGUCCAAGCCCGGUGGGAACAUCAACUACGAAUAAUAAUUUUAAUGUACAAAUGCAAAGUCCUAUGCAAAGCCCAAUGAGUGUUAGCCAAAUUCAAAGUCCUGUGCUCAGCCCAUAUCCUCCUGCUAAAAGUCCACAUAUGUUAAGUGGCAAUAAUUCACUGAAUAACAGAAGUCCAGCUCCAGGAGGUAGUCCUGGUCCACCAUUGGUUAGACCAAAUACACCCAUCUUGCAGCAGGGUAUGCAAGUUUUGCAGAUAAUUCAUGGUACACCACAAGGAUAUCAGCAAACACCUACACAAUUAGUAACAAGAACCCAUCUUUUUGGAAAUCAGCAAAUUCAAAUAGCGGCUACAAAACCAGCCAAACAACCACCACAAAUUUUACCUAAGCCACCAAAUCAACAGAAUACUACUUCCCAACAAAAGCCUCAACGUGUAACAACAACCAUUACAAAUCAGAUCACACAACAAACACAGCCACAAAUUGUUCUUGCUGGUCCACAACCAAAUCCUACUACAGCAACCAUGAUACCAACUGCUCAAGGUCUCCUAUUAAAUCAGGUUCUACCAUCAACUGGACCAGUUAUUGUUCAACAACAACCAGGUGGUGUUCAACUUAUACUAAGGACACCAGCAAGUGCCCAGCAACAAACGCAUACUGCACAGCUAACACAACAACAAUUGGUAAGAGUUGUCGCAGCACAAAGCAUGCAACUACAAGGGAUUGCACCUACAUUUUUUGCUGUACCAAAUAGUUUUCCACCAACUGCAUCACCUGUGAUUAGACAUACUCCUUCUAGCCCUGCUCCAUCUAAUACAGGUGCUGGUAAUUCCAUAGUAAUUCAAAAUGCCAUGGUACAAAGCCCUCAACCACAAAUUACACAAGUUGGCUCAAGCAAUACAUCUGGUAAUACUUCAUGUACCCAAAAUAUUGUUGAACAUAAUUUACUACCUCCACCAAAGAAGAAAGCAAAGAAGAAGAAAAAAGCUAAAAAAAAAGAUGAUGAUCCUCCAAAAUUAGAUUUGGCUAGUAUCAUGAAAAUAUCAGGAAUUGGAGAUGAUGAUGAUAUUUUUGACAACGAUCUUACAACUGAAACAGAUGUAUCAUGUCAAGUUCAAGUGGAAUCAGGACAAACUUUAAGUCAAGUUACACCACAAGUAACAGUAGCUAGUUCCAUAGCUCAAAAUCCAGCACAAGUACCUGUAGCAAAUACAACGAAUGCGCAAGCUACUGUUGCUUCUCAAAGUUUUAACAGUCAGCUUGUUGCUCAACUUCAAAUGCCUGUACAGAAUACGAUUUCGGGAUUAAGACUAGCUGUUGGGGAAGAUGGAAGAGUUGUGUUACAUCAUACUCCUGAUCCAAAUCAACCUGAAAUAGAUCAAGCAACUGCUCAAGCAUUAAUAAGAUCUCUUACACAAAGUGGUGGCCAAAAUGCACAGAUUAUUUCUCAACUCCUAGGUCAAGCACAGACUGUGUCACAAAGUGCUCCAAGUAAUGUGAUGCAAAGACAGAAAUAUGUACAAUCACCAAGCAAUCCAACAUCUACCAAUACUACGAGUUCAGUAUGUUCACAAAAUGUUAUUUGUACAACAAGUCCACAACAUAUACAAACAUGCUCGAAAGUAAAUAAUCCGCAAAAAAUUGUAAAUAUUUCUCAUGAUGCCAAUUCAACAUCAAAUACUUGUGUGCAAAAUAGUCAAGGAUCAUUACACACAGUGGAUAUGCAGAUUUCUAAAAACAUUAAUAUACAACAUCUUAUACAAACACCGAAGAAUAUUCAAUCAUCAAACUCUACUAUAUUACCACCUAGUAAUAGCAUUUCAACAUCCGCAGAUGCUAUAUCAUCCAAACCUUUAUGUACAACCUUUAGCAUACAAAGUUCUCGAUUGUCAAAUACGAAUCAGACAAAUAUCAAUCAACAUUUGUCUAAUCCAACACAAAAAUCUAGUCAAGUGCGCCUUACAAAUACUUGUAUUAAUACUAAUAUACGACAGAAUUUGAAUAAAUCAUCACAACACAGUACUCAUGUUCAGAAAUCUAUGUCCGGCAACGCAGCAGUAUCAAAUGAACAUGCUGUUAAAAACAAUCAGAAUCAACAAUCAAAUCAACAAGAGUCUUUAAAUUUACAAGAAUCACAAUUAUAUCAACAUAAUCAGCAUCAACAAAUAACAGCACAAACUGUACAAACUCAAAAUGUACAACAUGUAUUUGAACAAAAUCUACAGACUACUGGCUCAAAUAUACAACAUAAUUCUGUAAAUAUGCUACAACAAAGUUCAUGCAAUACUAUACAACAUGACAGUAUGAAUGUUUUACAACAACAUUCUAGUAUUCAACAAAAUACAAUCAAUGUCAUGCAACAAAAUACAUCUGGUAAUGUGCAAAGUAUAGAGCAAAAUGUACAGUCCGGUGCAAGUGAUAUACCUCUAGGCCAACAAAAUGUAAUGACCAGUUUGCAACAACAAAAUACAUCUUUAUUGCACAAUACAAAUGUGCAACAAAAUGUUAAUUUACAACAGCAAAAAAUCGUUUCUGCAAAUACGUUUUCUUCUGUGAAUGCACAUCAAUAUGAGUCUCAAAACUCAACUAAUGUCAUGCAACAGGGUAUUAACACACAACAAAAUAAUCAACAUCAAAAUAUUCUUAUUACCAAUACUCCUGUUACUAAUACUACCCAACAAAAUGAAUCGCAAAAAAUAGAUUCACAAACUAGUAAUGUACUAAAUUCUGCAACUAAUAAUAUUUUAAAUAAUGCACCAAAAAUUACUCCAGAAAUUUUGAAUGCAUUGAGCAAUUUAAAUCCCAAUGAUCAAUUAUUAAUUGCUAAUGCAAAUGGGCAAAUGCAAGUGAUAAGCCAACAACUUUUGCAACAGUUUUUAGCUGGACAAUUGAAUACUGCAAAUCAGACACAAAAUCAAAAUCAAACGCAAAAAAUAGUAAUUGGAGAACCAGAUGCGAAUAACCAAAAUUUACAAGGUGUUCAAAUUAAUACUCCUACCAGUCAAAUAAUAGUAAAUAGUUCUGGUGGAGCUCCCACAAUUCAAAAUAAUAUACAAAAUAUAGUUGUUCAAGCUGCACCAUCACAAAUGCCACAUCACAUACAAAUUCAAAACUCUGGUUUCCCAAAUCAGUUUAUUGACAACCUAAAUCAACAGCAAAUUAGGAAUUUGGGAAAUAAUCAGCCAAAGAAAGCAAAAAUUAUAAAAAGAGCUAAAGUUAGUGUUACAACACAAAAUGUUGGAAAUACACAGACGACAAAAACUGUUACUACCUCCCGGCCAACUACAGUAACAACAAACACGUCUAAUUUGCAAAAAGUUGACAGUGUUAAUAAGAUAGGAAACAUUAUAUGCCAGAAUACAAAUGUCAGUAAAAGUGAACCUACACAGAUCAUUGCAAAUGGUCCUUUGAUAUGCUCGUCAUCUGGUAGUCAUGUGUCUAUUCCUUCAAAUGGUCAAAUGGUGCAAAGAGUGCAGACUAUACAACUUCCUGCACAGAAACAACAAUUAUUAAAAAAUAUACAAUCACAAAUACAAGCUAUUUUAGCACGAAAGACUGGUUUGCAGCCUGAUCAAGCCCUUUUAACAAAAUUGUAUCAAGAGCAACAUAAAAUUUUAGCAAGUGGGAAGGUAGUCAGUACUACAACACAUCCUGUUAAUAAUGGACCAGAGCCAAAUUUCAGUGUCAACAUUGUGACAACACUUGCUACUAAUACACAGUCACAAAAUACGUAUAAAAAUCAAACAUCAACUACUCAGCCACAAACUCAAACGUCUACUGCUGCUUUACCAGUAACAUCAAAUCUAAAUACAGUUACAUCUACUUCUUUACAAAAUAAUUCAAAUAAUAAUUAUAUAAACAAUCUUCCGGUUUCACAAAAUGUUCAGGUUCAACAAUGUGUAGUAUCCAAUAAUUCCACUCAGAAUGUGCAUCAGGCGCACACCAAACAGCACAAGUUUUAUCAGAAUCAUGGAAAUCAGAUGAUAAAUCCGUCCUCUACCAACUUGCAACUUUUCUCACCACCAAGUACAUCCACAGCUCCUAUGCAAAGUAACGCACAACAACAAUUACCCGUAGUUCAAACACAGCAAACAAGCAUGCAACAAUCCACGCAGUGUCAGACGGAUCCAUUGGACAUCAAGCCAAACAUACAGACACCAAGUCCUGUGAAACAAGAACUUUCCUCGCCAAUUCAAAUUCAAGUCCAAAGUGGCUCUCCUGCAGGUCAGGUAGCCUCACCUAGAAUGAUUGGUAAAGGAACACAAAGGAUUCAGAGCCCUGUAAAUAAUACUGGAAAUACAAGCAAACAACUUGUUAGUCCUGGAAGUAGCUCAAGUCCUUUGAUAAGUCCUAGGCAAGGCGUGAAGAGACCAGCAUCAAGUCCGAUUUGUAGGCAAAUUAAUCGUAGUGACCUGUUGGAACAACAACUAAAAAUCGAUCAAAAUGGUGCGACUAAUCCAGAUGUAAAUACUCCAUUUUUAAGCAAGCGUGAUGCUUGUAAACGGCUUGUUAGAUAUCAUUGUUUGAAUGAACAAGUUUUAAGUACUAAAGAUUUAGCUAAGGCAGACGAAAUUUUUGAAGAAACAGCAAAACAUUUAUUAUCCAAAUUUAAUUCUAUGAUGAAUAAAUACACUUAUCUUCUCUUAAUGGAAAGCAUGAGAGAAGUAAGAACAUCAGAAUUAAUGAUGAUAGAUAGAACUUUUGUUGCUGAGGAACAAAGUAUUCUAAAUAGGUUGCGUGAGCAAGAAGCUAAAGUAAAUGAAGAAUUUAAAAAAGAAGAAAAACCAGUAGUACCAAAAGUUGAGCCUGGCCUUGCAGAAGAUGACAAAAUAUCAUCUUUAGAAAAUGUAUCUGUAAAGCGUGAAUUAGAGGAUGAUUUUUCAACAGAAGAAAUGGAAUGUAAACCAAUGAUAAAACAAGCUAGUUGUACAAGUGGUGAUUAUGAUGAGUGGCUUGAAAUUCAAAAAGAACUCGGUGUAUAUCCAUCUGCCACGGACUCCUUUAAAUGUAAGAGCACUAAUAAUAGUGGCAGUAACGGUGCAUGUACUAUGACAAUUCCAAAAUCAUCUAAAAAUGAAAGAACAAGGGCGAACGGUGAAUGUCGUGUUAAUGUUGCGAAUGCAAGUAUUUCCGGAGUUUCGAAUACCGUGGUAAAGGACAAUUGUGAUCAAGAUAAUACAGCAGUUUUUGAAAGACGAUGGAGUGGUGCUACGGACCUUGAAAGAGAUUUAUUAGAAGACACUGAAAGUUUGGAUGGUUUAGCUUUGCAUUCUCAAGCUCAAUGUCCAGGUUCUCUUCAUGUAAGUAGCGAAAGUGGAAAUGGUAAUGAACAUGAUGACAUUACUGCACAAGUACAAUCUGCUAUUGAUAGCAUUUUAAAUCUUAAAAAACGUCCCACAAAUACUUUAUCUGGCAGUAGUGGUAGUAGUGCAUCGCAAUCCAGUGAAUCGAAGGACACAGUGCUUGACCAAGCAGUCCGUAGCAUACUAGGCUCGUGACCCUCAUUUAAUAAAGUAUGUUAAAAAAGUGAAGUUAAUAGUGAACAUCAAGCUGGUUAUUAACCUUCAAAAUUUUAGAGGAACUUUAGGUAUUCUUCUGAGUUUCUGAUGUUAACAGAAGAACUUUCUUUGCUAUUGAUUUUGCAAGAUCAUCUUCAAGACACGUGCGUUUUGAAAUGUCAUCUAUUCAAACUGUAUUUAAAAAAAUAAUGUGAUUUAAAAUUUAUAUAUAAACUAAUUGUAACAGACAAAUUGGAUUGUGCAAGUACGUGAUUCAAUAUGAUUUUUUAAAGUUUUUUCAUUCAAGCUUCUGUUUUACAAAGGCAAUAAUUACUCAUAACAGGAAGAUAUGUAUACUUUACAGUAGUAGUUUAGGUGUAAUAAAGUAAUCAUGUUAAUCUAAUUCUAGCAGCUGUACAUGUGGAUAAAUAGAUAGAUUUAUAGAUAGAUAGAUUACUUGCUCAGAUUUUUCAAUCUGCCACUUUGUAAUGUAAUUUUGUAAAAAAUAAUUAUUUAAAGCAACUAUUCCACUUUGUCUGUAGUACUUGUAGGAAAAUCUUAUAGAUACUUAAAUAUGGGUUGGUGAAUUGUACAUAAAUUUUUAGCGUGUAUUAUUAUUAAUAUUAUUAUUACUAUUAUUUGUAUUAUUGUUAUUGUGAGAUAUUAUCUCGAAAGUACUACUAUUAUUAUUAUUAUUAUUAUUAUUAUUAUUAUUAUUAUUAUUAUAUUAUUAUAUAUUAUUAUUAUUAUUAUUAUUAUUAUUAUUAUUAUUAUAAUAUUGAUAAUCAUCAAUGAUACUAUCGUCUUGGUUGAUGGCGAGAGUAUUGAACUAAAGAGAUGGUAGUGGAUUACGAGACUGAAAAGAUAAUGGUAUCGAACAUGGAAGUAAAUGAAAAUGAUGUGUAGAGUGAGAAAAGUACAUAAAAUAUUUACGUUGUUUCUUUUAUUUAAACUUAUUACUAUUUAUCAUAUAUACAAUUUCAAUCUUAUAAGGUGCAAAAUCAAAUGAAAAGAAACAUUUUUAAAUAAUUGAAAUAUUUUACAACUUUUCUGACAUCACAUGGAAUCACAGUGGAUAUGGAGAAAUGAAUAAGAAUGCAUAUAUAAAGAGAAAUAUAUGUGGUAAAAGGAUAUGCAUAUAUAUAUAUAUAUAAGAAUGAUCUAAUACAUACAGUAAAGAAAUAUAUAUAGUACACAUGAGCCUUUAUAUAUAGUUCUUAUUUUCUUAACGACCAUGUUGUAAAAGUUUUAUUAGUGACAUUAAACAUCACAAAUUUCAUAAAAUGACGUGCUAAGCCAACAUAUAAUAUUUGUUUAAUAAAUUAUAGCUGAUAAGAAGUACAGUUUUCUAUUUAAACAAAAAUGUUGUUUUUAUUAUUGAAUAAUACUUGUAGGUAGAAUAUAUCUACAUAUUAUAGACAUAUCCUUUUCCCACAUUGGCAUAACCACUCUUUAUAUGCAAAGAAAUAAUGAGACAUUUAUGGCAAAUACAAUCCAAGACUGACAUAUAUACAGAGAAACAAGCAAAACUAUAUAAUGUAUUACAGUAAGAAUAAUAAUCAUUUGUACAUAAUAAUCAUUUCCACUCUCAACGGCAAUCGCGACUUAAUUCUUCACAGAUUUUAAAAUUUGGAUAUGCUACAGUUCUUUUGAUCCUAAUAAAUUGCCGAUAUUUCACGAA